AUGGCAGACGAAAAACUUUGCAAGCACAAAGAAUCAUGUGUGAAAAAUGCAUGCAAAGGUUUGGUUGUCUCAUUUCUUCAAAGCUUGGCCGCUAAAUCAGCUUUUCACAUCGUUUUCCAGUUUCUAUUGAAGCGUGGAUAUAAAAACCCAGUCCAAUGCUUAUUAAAGCUCAUAUCACUCGACACACUUAAGUUUGUUGGCUUCGCAUCGCUGAUGAACUUCUUAUAUAAAGCAACCUUAUGUGCCAUGAGAAAUUACCGCAAAAAAGAAGAUGGACUUAACCAUAUUGUUGCUGGAGCUGUAGGUGGGUUAUCAAUUGCUUUUGAAGACCAAGAAAGAAGAGAAACAUGGGCACUCUACUUUUUCGCAAGGUUCAUUGAUGUUUCGCUAUCUCUCAGCAAUAAUAAUGAGGAACCAAAUUGCAUUUUCUUUAAAAUUUUUCUGGAUUUGCUUUAUUUGAUUUUUAAAAUUUAAAUUUUUUUUAAAACGAAAAAUUAUAAUUGCAAUGCCUUCGAAUAAUUUUUUUGCUUCCUGUAUCGUUUGACUCUCAGUUUCUUCAUAUUCUCAACUAAGAAAAGUAUGUUUUAUAAUUAGAGAGUAAGAAAAGGAGCUAAGAAGUAUCUUCCAAAUACCAAUGUCAACAACAUUGAAAUGUAUCUCUUCAUGAUAAUGAUUGUCUUUAAUGUUUAUUGCUAUGGAAAAGAAAAAGAUAUAUUGGUCAAAUCUUAUUACAACUUUUUGAAAUCCGUAUUUAGCCCUUCAAAAGCAGAGCAAUCAGUCAUGAACGCUUGGAGUGCAGAAAGUGCCAUAAGAAUGCCUCUUAAUAAGUAA